UGGGGAAUGUCGGCUGGUUGAGUGCAAAAUAAUAGUCACGUAGUCAGCGCAGAUGUAAACGGGAAGCGCAAGAUAUGGACGUCGAAAUACUGCGCUUCGAAGCUGCUUUGAAAUCCUUUAUUGACACAAAAGGAUUUAAUUUCGAGACUUCAAAGCGGGACACAGAAAAUUUCUUUGAAAAUGAAGAGGCAACAUCAUCGUCGUCGGAUAAACAGGGAAAAGGAGAGGUUCAUAAAAAAAGAAAUUUGACCAGUAUUCCUUUGGUAGCUUUGCAACUUGAGCGCAUUUCCUUGUUCCUAAAGCUGUGGUUACGACGAAUACGUGUUCAAAAGGAAAAUGAAAAUCAAGAAAAUGAUGUCGACGAACACUUCGUUGAGGAAGCAGUUCAUCGCGCGGAAGCUUUGAAAAGACGACUGAGGCACCUGCCACGCGUGUUACAUGGGAUUGAAGAAGGCUUCCAAUUUCUCUUACCUGCUUUAGGUGCCAUUAGAUUUAAAAUCAUUUUGCAGUGCUUGUUAUCAGAUAUCAAAGGAGCUUAUUUUAAAAUGUUGAAGGAAGAUCGUGACUGUCUGGAAAGAGAAACAGUCCGUGUUUGUUCUUGCCUCGGUCUUAAAAUUGAUUUCCUCGACCAUCUUCAAGACAUGCCAGAGAAACUUCGACAUCAUAGGACACUAUGUGACUGGAUAGUUAUUUCCUUGAGGAACAACUUCACGGCAUUGUCUGAUUUGUCGGGCAAAAACUCUCUUACAAAAGAACUGCUUCAUGAUAUCGGAUUCGAUCCUUUGAGUUCGGCUGUUGAUGUAAUUAUACAGCGUGCGAUAGGUCACCCACAACACAUUGAUUCGUGCGCUUGGGCUGAAAUCUUUGUUCAAGACGAGUUUAAAUACAACCCACUCUUAAAUUCUGAUGACAACCAGCUUGUCAGAAGCGAGUUUCCUUUUCAGAGUGCUAAAAUAAAAGAAUGGUUUGAGCCUUUAUUUUCCGAGGGAAAGAUGAUUGAAGAUUCUCACGUUAUCGUUAUGAAUCUCAAUAAUUGGAUCGCUGCGAGAGAGAUUCCUAGAGGAAUAGAAGAACAGUCCGAGGACUUGUAUCACGGUACAGAUCAUGAAAGUGCUGUCGACAUCUUAUCCGGUCGUGGCAUACAUCUACCGGCAGGAGGGCAGAAACGAGAUUUCAGCUCUGGAAAAGGGUUCUACUUAACGAAAACAUUUGAGGAUGCCUUCAGGUGGGCGAAGAGGAAGACAGUUAAGCCAGCCAUUUUGGUAUUCCGACUGAAGCAUAGUGAGUUCGAGAAUAAUGAAAAUGUUCGGAGAUUGGAUUUGCGUUCCCAUGAGAACUCCCAAAAAGUGGAGGGAAAUCGUAGCUUUGUUUCGAUCUGGAAAACAGUCGGCCGAGACACGGGAGAUAUCGAGAAAUUACGACUUGAUCGAAGGUUCUGUGGCAGAAGUCAGCAACGCAAGCGGCCAUCUGGAGUACAAAGCGAUACCACUGUCGUACCAGAUGUGUUUGAUUUCAAGAGACUUGGCGAAAAAGUUUGAAGAGAGUCUUCAUUCCAUCUUGUUUUACCAAGAUAAUUCGGCACAAGAGCCAUAUCAAGCACGGACUUCAACGUGUCUUUAGUGCAUGGAUUUUUUCAAUAUAAAGCUAUGACCAUCCAUGCAUAUUAAAAGAAACUGAAAAACGCUGGGUCCGGCAACAGCUCAGUCCUCGAUCAAUUCUCUGACUAAUUUUUGUCAGACUAGAUACAGACUGUGUGUGUUUCAAACUAAUUUGCUACCUCCAAGGGCAGCAAGCCAGUGUUUUAGAGAACAAACCAUUCAAUGAUCGAAGGUUUCCUUUUUUUAUCACAAAGCUUCAUUUGUUCAACUAUCAAUUUGUUGUUUGUCAUGAAAAUGAAAUUGACCGUGUAGAUGCUUGAUCAGAGAGUAUGGAUUGUUUCGUAGCGCGAUUGUCUAACUGUGACUGCACACAAUAACAACUACGUACGUGUAUAUAUGGUAGGGUAGUCUUGUUAUUUAUUCGCUUACAGUGGAAGAAUUUAGAAGAUAUGAUUCUAUACCGAUAAUGAAUAAUGAUCUACAGGCUUAGUUGAAUGUUUCAGCCUCCGACUGAAACAGUAGUCGUUCGAGCAAUUAUCACAUGCGAAAACUAAUUUGUAACUUCCAAAGACAGCAAGCCAGUGUUUAGAGAACAAACUAUUUCAUGAUCGAAGGGUUUUUUUUAAUCACGAAGUUUGACUUGUUCAGCUUUGAAUUUUGUUGUUUGUUACGAAAAUGAAAUUGACCGAGUAGAUGCUUGAUCAGCAGGUAUGGUCUGUUUGCCCUUUGAUUCUCUAAUUGUGACUGAACAUAGUUUGUACGUGUACAUAUGGUAGGGUAGUCUUGUAAUGUAUUUGUUUACAGAGAAAGAAUUUAGAAGAUAUGAUUAUAUGCAGGUAAAGAUUAAUGAUUUACAACUAGGCUGAGCUCAGUUGGAUAUUUCAGCUUCAGGCUGAAACAGUAGUCAUUCGAGAAAAUACCAAAUGCAUCUUAUUGAUGAGGGACUAUGUUAGAUGUGCUUACAACUAGAGACAAACUCUGUGAAGACUAACAUACAAAGGUUGAAGGAUGGGAAAGAGUUUUCUGGAUUUGUCUGAAUUUAGAGCAAUGGUGAGCACGAGUAGUACGAUAGUGAUGAAUGCAAGAUUCUGGAUCUGUCUGAGAUGAUGUUUGUCAAAAAUGCAAAUAGUGAUACAUCAUGAAGUAGACUGAGAAGUAUUUUAUUCAGUGAUUAGUUGCCCGUUAAGUGAGACAAAAGCUUUUGGGUCGCUUCGCAUGAACAAUGUUUUGCUCUUCCAUACCUGAAUCACCUUUCUGAACCUCCAAGCCGAAUAAAAUGUAUGGAAAGUCAGCUUGUUGACCGCCGGUUUCAUCGUAACAAAAUUUUGUGUGAGAUCCCUUAUUUGUAGCUUUACAUUCUGCUGGAAACGUGGGUGAAAGACCAUAUUCGGAGAAAUAAAUAAGCUUACAUACUCUCCCUAGCUGAGAGUGUGAUAUCAGUUUUGCACGUCGUGUUUGCUAUCAUCCUGAGUUGCAACUAAAUUUAGUCGAUCUCCUCCUUCAAGGUACUGAAAUUACUUUAGUGGCUAUGUAACUGCGAAGUAUAAAGUUGAGAGUAAAGUGAAGUAAACAUUAGCGGGCUCGACCGUUUGAUUUCUUCUGUUCGCAAAAUACAGAGUUGUCUGUUUGCCCGUUAAGUGAGACAAAAGCUUUUGGGUCGCUUCGCGUGAACAAUGUUUUGCUCUUCCAUACCUGAAUCACCUUUCUGAACCUCCAAGCCGAAUAAAAUGUAUGGAAAGUCAGCUUG